AUGGUGCAGAUGAUGGAGUCGCAGUGCGAGUAUUUCAUGUAUUUUCCGGCGGUGCCCAUCACGGAUCUGUCGGACCCGGCGCGCUACCGCACGCUGCCCCGCCGGAGCCACCUCUACCUGGGAGAGACCGUCCGCUUCCUCCUGGUGCUGCGCUGCAGAGACUCCGGGGCGACGCCGACCGAGCCCGGCCCCGGGGGCCCUGAUGGGACUGCAGCAGGCUUUGGGUCAGAGUCAGCCAGCAGCCGGGCGUGGAGGGAGCUGGCCGGCUCCCUGUGUGCCGUGGCCAGCGUCAGUCCAGGCGAGAGCAGCCGCCAUCGAGGCAACCACCACCAGCAUCACCACGACUACCAGAGCAGCGGCGACGAAGCCAAUGAGGACGGCGAGGAGGACUACAUCGCGGCUGCCGAGGCGGCCAUCGCGGCGCUGGGCAGCAGGGUGGACUCCCGGUGUCGGAGCUUCAGGGACUGCAAGCCGCUGCUCAUCCACAACUCGUCCGGAACGGCGUCCAGGGAGUUCCGCAGGGCACCUGUCCAGUCUCCUCUGGACGAGCCGGUGGUUCUGACGGAUGAAGUGAUUUUUCCUCUCACCGUCUCUCUGGACAAACUCCCCGUCAGCACCCUGAAAGUCAAGGUGAUGGUCACGGUGUGGAAGAGGGAGGCGGAGAAGGUGGAGGUGCAGGAACUCGGCUACCUGAGCGUCCUGCAGCAACGAGAGCCGACACACACCUUCAGACAUGACCUGAACACCUUCAAGGCUCAGGUGAGCACCACUCUGACCGUCCUGCCGCCUCCAACCGUCCGCUGUAAGCAGAUGACUGUUUCUGGGCGACACCUCGCCGUCCUGAAAGUGUUCAAUGAGUCGUCUCAGGAGGAGGUGAGUAUUCGAGACGUUCGGAUUCUACCGAACCUCAACGCCUCCUACCUUCCCAUGAUGCCCGACGGCUCCGUGCUGCUGGUGGACAACGUGUGCCACCAGUCCGGUGAGGUCGGCAUGGCGUCUUUCUGCCGGGUGGACAGCUUGGCCUGCCGCCUACCCAGCAUGCUCAGCGCGUUGGAGGAGCACGACUUCUUGUUCCAGCUGCACCUCAACGACAUGCCGCAGGACGACUCCAACGAGGGGCUGGAGGUUCCUCUGGUCGCUGUGCUGCAGUGGUCGACUCCCAAGAUGCCUUUCACCAACUGUAUCUACACCCACUACAGGUUGCCCAGCAUCCGCCUGGACCGGCCGCGAUUCGUCAUGACGGCGAGCUGUCCGAGCACCGUCAGGGUGAAGGAGCACUUCAAGGUCAAAUACGUCCUGCUCAACAACCUGCAGGACUUCCUGGCCGUCCGGCUCGUCUGGACUCCAGAGGGUCGCGGUCAGGGCGAGGAUGCAAAGCUGGCCGCCGUCAUCUGUCACACUCCUCUCAGUAACCUCGGUCACUGUCGCAAAGGAAGCACUCUGUCGUUCAGCGUCGCCUUCCAGAUCCUCAAACCGGGACUUUACGAGCUGAGUCAACACAUGAAGCUGAAGCUCCAGUUCACAGCUUCAGUCUCAAACCCACCACCUGACGCUCGGCCGCUGUCACGUAAAAACAGCCCGUCCAGCCCGGCGGUUCGAGACCUGCUGGACCGACACCAGGCCAGUCUGGGCCGAUCUCAGUCCUUCUCCCACCAGCAGCCGUCUCGAUCGCACAUCAUGAGGACGGGCAGCGCCAUGGAGCGCCGGGCCAUCACGCCGCCCGUCGGCUCGCCCGUCGGCCGGCCGCUCUACCUUCCGCCGCAGGACAAAACGCUGCUGUCGCUGGACAAGAUCGCCAAGAGGGAGUGCAAAGUCCUGGUAGUGGAUCCUGCCAGCUAG